UCCAACUUUUUAAGAUAAAUUACCAACUUAACGCAUGGCAUUUAGAAUAAAUAAAUUUAAAAUAUUUUUAAUGAAAUUAAACAGUAAUUUAUGAGAAAAAGUAGUUAAGUCUGUUGGGCACGGUCUUCCAGUCUUACGACCAAGUGAAAGUUUCCGUUACGGCGUUAUCUUUGCCUUAACCUUUUUGGGUGAUAUGAUGAUAAUGUAUUAAUUAAAUUAAAAAGAAAAUUUACAUUAUAUAAAAAAGAAAAAUCCAAAAAGAAAAAAAAAUUAACAUAAAAUUAGCAUAAAACUGAAGGAUAUAUAUAUAUAUAUAUUCUCAUAUUACAUGAAAAAUAUAUUAAGGAAGAAAAAGAUAAGUUGUGUUUGUACAUCGAGUUGGAUCUAUUUUCUGUUUUGAACUGAGCAAUUGAGAGAGAGAAUUGGGACAAGGAAUCACAUUGUUAGAGAAGGAUGGCAACAGAUGAUCAAGAGAUACCUGAAGGAUCCGUCCGGAAUAUACUAGAGCAAAUCACCCUCAAAUGGGUCUUUGUCGGAGGCAAAGGUGGCGUAGGAAAAACCACUUCCAGUUCGAUUCUCUCGAUCCUUUUGUCUAAGGUCAGAUCCUCUGUAUUGAUCAUCUCAACUGACCCUGCUCACAAUCUUAGCGAUGCGUUUCAACAACGAUUCACCAAGAUCCCCACUUUGAUCAAUGGCUAUACCAAUUUAUAUGCUAUGGAAGUCGAUGCUAAUGUUGAAAACGAUGACAUGGGUGGAAAUGAUGGAAUGGACACUGUGUUUUCUGAGCUAGCUAAUGCAAUUCCUGGAAUCGAUGAGGCUAUGAGCUUUGCAGAAAUGUUGAAAUUGGUGCAAACAAUGGAUUACUCUGUUAUUGUAUUUGAUACUGCUCCAACUGGUCAUACACUCAGGCUAUUACAAUUUCCAUCAACUUUAGAGAAGGGCCUUGAGAAAAUGAUGUCUUUGAAAAGUAAAUUUGGUGGUUUAUUGAGUCAGAUGACCCGUAUGUUUGGUAUUGAUGAUGAAUUUGGUGAAGAUGCCCUUUUGGGAAGACUUGAGGGCAUGAAAGAUGUGAUUGAACAAGUGAAUAGGCAAUUCAAAGACCCGGAUAUGACAACCUUUGUCUGUGUUUGCAUCCCAGAGUUCCUCUCGCUAUAUGAAACAGAGAGGCUGGUGCAGGAACUUACCAAAUUUGAGAUAGAUACACAUAAUAUUCUCAUUAACCAAGUACUUUAUAGUGACGAAGAUGUUGAAUCCAAAUUGCUCAAAGCAAGAAUGCGAAUGCAACAAAAGUACCUUGAUCAGUUCUACAUGUUGUAUGACGACUUCCAUAUCACCAAGUUGCCAUUGUUGCCAGACGAGGUUACUGGGGUUGAAGCUCUGGAAGCUUUCUCAAGUCGUUUUGUGACUCCAUAUAAGCCUUCCACUAGUCAUGACACUGUGGAAGAUUUGGAACGAAAAAUAAACACCAUAAGGCGACAAUUGACAGAUGCUGAGGGAGAGCUAGAAAUACUUAAGAAAGAAAAGCAGACGGAGUAAUUUUGUUCAUUUGCUCGUUUUCCCUGAUAUCACAGUUAAAUGGCAUCUACUUGACUUCAGCUGCUAAAAGAAAAGCAGAGAGAGUAAUUUUGUUCGUUUUUUUUAUGGUAAACUAAUUUAAUUUUAUACAUUUCACAUCAAAAUAAGUUCGUUUUUGUAUCAUUUAGAUCGUUAAAUAUUUACAAUAAAUUUUCAUUUUCA